UGAAUGUGAACCACAUGAAUAAACAAAUCCAGGGAAAUAUUCUAACAUCAAGGCCGUGGCAGCCACGCACGACUAACAAAUACUAAGUUUAUCUGCUCCACCUGUACAGGUGCUGGCUUUUCGCCUCUACAAUGGAACUACGACUCCCCGCGACGGAAAUUAUAUUUACUGCUAGAUUCCAGACAUCUAUCAAGGGCCAGCACUCAGAAAAGCUUUCUCUAAAUACUUUCUUUGAUGUUCAAGCUCAAAAGAGGUGGAAAGUUUUUUGUUUGGCUUCAAGGGAGAGACGUGGCUUUGGGCCUCAGCCUACAAAGAAAGACAAGAUUAACAAAAUGAAGGCCCCAAGUGAGGAAAUGGGUAUUGCAUCACAACCAAGAAAAUCAACAUCCAAACAAUCUGGGACAAUACCUAGUCUGGCACCUGGGUUAAGUAGUCAAUCAGAUGGAAGGUCAAGCAAUAUUGUCUUAGAUCGUCAAUUUGAGGAACGAUUGGAAUCAGUUAGAAGGUCUGCAAUCGGGCAGAAAAAAUCAGAGGAAAUCAAACAAUAUGCAGCAAUUGACUAUGAUGCUCCCAUUGAGUCAGAGAAGAGUACAAUUGGAUUUGGUACGAAGGUUGGAGUAGGGGUAGCUGUUGUGGUGUUUGGGUUGGUUUUUGCUCUUGGAGACUUUCUUCCCUCUGUAAGUGUUAAUCCCACUGAGGAAGUUGCAGUGGUUGAAAAGAAACUUACGGAAGAAGAGAAGACAACUCUUAAGACCAGGCUGCAUGAAUAUGAGGCAAUACUUGGAAACUCCCCAAAGGAUCCAGUUGCUCUUGAAGGAGCUACAGUGACCUUAGUAGAACUAGGAGAAUAUGGUCGAGCUGCUUCUUAUCUUGUUGAUUUAACCAAGGAAAGGCCUAGUGAUCCUGAAGCUUAUCGUUUGCUCGGAGAAGUGAAGUAUGAGCUCAAGGAUUAUGAAGGGAGUGCUUCUGCCUACAGGAGUUCUGCAUCUGUUUCUAAAACCAUCAACUUUGAAGUUCUGCGUGGUCUUACAAACACUUUGCUUGCUGCAAAGAAACCAAAUGAGGCUGUUCAAGUUCUUUUGCAAGCUCGUGACCAGCUGAAAAUGGGAAACUUAAAUGGUGGUGAUGCUCAAGUUGAUGCUAAUGAUAAUCUGGCAACAGAGGUGGAAAAGGUUGACCCCAUUCAGGUUGAGUUGCUUCUUGGAAAAGCCUAUUCUGAUUGGGGGCACAUUAGUGAUGCUGUGUCAGUUUAUGAUCAGUUGAUUUCUACUCACCCUGAUGAUUUCCGGGGAUACUUGGCAAAGGGAAUAAUUUUGAACGAAAAUGGUAAAGUUGGAGAUGCAGAGAGGAUGUUUAUUCAGGCACGGUUCUUUGCACCUGAGAAAGCAAAGGGACUUGUUGAUCGCUAUUCAAGACAAUGACCACUAAAGUAAGGGAAUUGAUUGGCUCAAUUGAUACAGAAAUGUGGUCUGCAAGAAUGUUCUGUGCUGCAAAUAGGAUGAAGAGUACUCAGCCUUUGUCAUAUUGUAUAUUUGUAAUCAACCCAUUUUGUGCCAGACCUUGUAGAAAGUUAUUGGUAUUAAUGAUGAACAAGUGUUUUGAGUUUGCAA